AUGACCGUAUAUUGGGGACACGAAGUGCCGGACGUAGCAGAAUGCAGUGUUGGAAACCGGGCAGUCACUCAAAUGCCCACCGGCAUGGAGAAAGAGGAAGAAAUGGUGAGUUUAAGCCCCACGCCGCCCGGUUACGGCUCCCCACUGUCCCGAAAUCGUCUCCCCCAUGCUCUGCCCGUUCGAAAAUGCUAUUCAUGUCCACGAACCGUCAAUUUUAACCCAUUUUCCGUUGAAUUUUCGAAAUUUCGUUGACGUCACCGACCCGCCGCCCUCUGACCCCUUCCCCGCUGAUCAAUCAUCAACCGCGCGUGACUCUAACACUGACAGGGUAGUUGUUCUAGAAAUGACUGAAAGUGGCGCUCGCUCGGCCGGUCCCUCAUUUUCGCUUCAAUGAUCGUUAGUCUAUCGGAGGGGCAACCCCCGUCGUCUCCCUCCGACGGCGGCGGCCGCUCGUUUGUUGUCAGAGAGGAGAGGCCGCGCUUCGGGGUUCGAUGUGUAACUUGGACUCGUAUUGAUUACAAUAUGGAGAGAUAGAGAGAGUGAGAGAGAGCGGGGGGAGAUUUAACCUAUUUGGAACGACGGCAAAGAUUACAACAGAAGGUUAUGUUGACCGUACACCACGUCAUCCUGGGACAAAUACUAGAACCCCCACUACGGCUUCUUUUCGUGUUUACUCUCGCACAUAUUCAAGCGCCUCUUAAUUUGCAGGAAUCCCAUCUGCAAGAUGCCAUCCUCGCUCAACAAGCCAGCACAUCGGGUCUCCAAUUAAACCAUGUCAUUCCCACGCCGAAGGUUAACCCCGUCGAGGUGGAUCGCUACGACGCGACGUAUCCGAGCCGCAACAAGAACCAGCGCUCCAAAUACAUCAAAGUUCACGGUAAGCCGCCUUGACUGAGCUCUUCUUUUGCGCGCGCAUGAAUGAAGCCGUCCAUUCAUCGUUUUCCGUCUAUAUAUCAUUUGUUUUGUUCUCUUCCCCUCACCCUUUCACCUCGUAAUUCAAUCUUUUCGUAUCCUAUUCCUCGCCCCUCUCUCCUACUUCCUUCCCUUUCUCUUCCCUUUUUGCCGAUCUCCGACGCUGUCCUCCCAUGAAUAAUUCAUGGUGCCGAUUGACGGUCUUCUUUUUUAUUCCCCCCUCUCUCUUGUCCGAGGACGUUUUUCUCUUUCCUUUUGUGGUAACAAAAAGUUUGACUUUCCCAGGGCGCCCCCCGUCAACAUCUAUCUCUCUGCUUUUCACCCCGUUUUUCUCCCCAGAGAGUUUUGUCGUUUUGAAACAUGGUGUUGGUGGUGGUGCCAAAAAGAUGUUUGAAUUGCUAAUUUUGCUUCUCUUCCCUUUCCUUUUUUUCUCUUUUCCUCUCGGUACGAGUCACCACACCAAUUACGGCUUUCCGCCGAGCAGCCGCCAGUUAAUUACUAUACUUGUUUUCGCCAAAAGCUCGUGAAUAUCACCUGUGGCUCCGCGCCCCGCUAAUUGCCACAAUUUCCAUCGUCAUCCAUCCACCGUAGUUGUCUGAAUGUGACAGGUGUGGGGGACACACACUCUAAUUGGAUCUCCGUGUGAUUUGCACAUGUCCGUUGGUCGUCGUCGUGUUUUUUGUUCCGCUCGGUUACCUUCUACAAGAGGUUCUCAUGGCCCUCAUCGCCGAAAAAUAGUGUUAGGUUUCUGCCCGCUUGGCGAUCAUUGAACCUUUGUCCAAUCAUCCUCUGAUUUUCUGGUUUUUCAGCCGUGAAACUAAUUUCAGUUGAAUUCUGGAAGAACUUUGUCUGUUUUUGAGAUCACACGGUUUCUCAGCAGAGCGCAUUUACUUUGUUUUUAUUAUUGCGCAUCCCCAUAUCUCUAUUUGCCGUCUCUAUUUCGAAAUUUCCAACCGGAUAGCCCCUGUGGGCAAUUUGCUUAUUUUCCCGCGUAUUCCUUCUUGCUCUCCUGCUCUCCCAGUCGUUUGCAUUCGCAUUUCCGGAAUCGUAAACAUGUUAAUUCGUUUUUUGUGUUCUCGGAACGAAGCCGGAUAAAGUUUUCGCGUUCUUUGGCACCGCCGGGCACACAAAAAAAACAAGAUUUUCGAAAAGUGCAUGUUUUGUUAGACCCUUAUCUCUCUUUCUUUCGUCUCCGCGCUCACUAUCAGAGAUACGGCCGUGUUUGAAUCACAUUUGUGUGUGUGUGUGUGUUUGUUUGUCCAACCAAAAUACAAGCCGCCGCCUAAUUUGAGAGUACUCGUUAGUGAAAGUGUAUCGUUUUCAGCGUGGCAAGCACUCGAGCGGGACGAGCCGGAAUAUGACUACGACACAGAAGACGAGACGUGGCUCGCCGAGCACACGCACAUCGAGCCGCGCGUCCUGGAGAAGAUAUUCGAUACGGUGGAGAGUCACUCGUCGGAAACGCAGAUCGCUAGCGAGGAUUCGGUGAUAAACAUUCACAAUGGUGAGUGGGAAACGAAAAUCGAUUCGAUUAAUUCAUUUCAACGUGUCCUUUUCAGCGUUGGACUCGUCGAUUGUGUACGAAGUGUACGAGUACUGGCUGGCGAAGAGAACAUCGGCGGCGACGACGUCGGGCUGCGUGGGAGUCGGCGGACUGAUUCCGCGCGUGCGAACAGAAUGCCGAAAGGAUGCACAAGGAGCGGUGAACCCGUACGUGGCGUUCCGACGACGUGCCGAGAAGAUGCAGACGCGAAAGAAUCGAAAGAACGAUGAGGACAGUUACGAGAAGAUUCUGAAGCUGGUGCACGACAUGUCGAAGGCCCAACAGCUGUUCGAUAUGACGGCGAAGCGGGAGAAGCAGAAGCUCGCACUGCUCGACAUGGAGACGGAGAUUCUGAUGAAGCGCAUGGAGAUGUCCGAUUUCGGUGCGACAAGCGUCUUCAACGAGUUUGCGGAGAAGAUGCGCACGGUGGCGAGUCCGACGAAGCCCUUCGCGGAGAUCAACGGAAGUUCGCAGGAGGAGGCGAAGAAGCGGAAGCGAGUGCGCCGGAAGACGGUCGCCGAGAAGGACCUUAUCUCGAGAGCCUACCUCAAGAAGAACGUCGAGACGUGGAACCGUCCGCCGGCGCUUUUCGGUCAGAGCGGCUCGCAGAACGUGGCGGUGUCGACGAAACCGGUGCGCGACUCGACCGUCGACGGUCGUUACUCGUUCAAACGACGCCGCGGAUGCAUCUACCGUGCCGCGCGUCAGGUUUACGCCACCGCGCCCCCGUCGACCGCAUCCGGACCGGCCACCGCGUCCGCAUCCGUUCCGUCGACGAUCUCGCAAUCGCAGCCGUCGUUACCACAGCCGCCGCAGCCUGCGUUGGUCGCCACGACGUCUGCGAAACCAGAAGAACCGGUGCCGGCUCAUUCGCGAUUCUACGAAACGUGGCUUCCGGGUGUGGAUGGAAACGUGCGCUCUAUUGGAUUCGCCCGCCGUCGCGUCGGCCGCGGAGGACGCGUCCUCUUCGACCGAAUGCCAAUCCAGCGAGGCGAGGAUCAGGAGAAGGUCAUGGAUCCGUGGGCCGAGUAUUGCAUUUCGGACGAGUCUAGGUACUUUUCUUUUCGACCUUCAGUUUCACUAAUUGCCGUCGAUUUACAGAACGUUCCGCAAACGUCAACAUUCGCUGGGAACCGAAGAGGAAUCGGAGGAGCAAAGUCCGAAAGCGCGGUACUUUGCUCGCAGUGAUCGGGUCAACUACAACGAUGGUGAAACUGAACGGGAAUGGAAUUCAAGAUAUCUUCACGAUGCGUGGAAAGAUAUGGAAGACGAUGAGCCAUCUGAAAGUGAGUCGAUUUUGACCCCAUUUCAUCCCUCAUCGAGUGUCUUUUUAGAAUUUGAAGAUCUCGAGCAACAACAAAAAGCAGUAGAAGUGCCGAAACAAACGGCGAGCGAGAACGACGAUAGUGAGGUGGAGAGAAUGGAUGUGGACGAGGAGCAGGCGGAAGAGGCUCAGAUAACAGUCUCGAAAGAGGAACGGGCUAUUAACGGAAACGGGCAAGACAAUAAUAAACAUGACGAUAAGAACGAGGACGAGGACGUGGAAGACGUGGAUGUGGACGAGGCGUCGACGAUGGUCGUCGAGCGCAUUCGGCACAGCAUCAACGGUGGCGGCGGAAAGAUCAAACCGCUGCAAGAACAUUCUCCACCGCUUUCGGGAAACGGAAGAGCGGACAGAGCGGAACCAACGCCGGUUCCGGCGAAGGUAGGCAUUUUAGUGUACCGCGCGCCACUUCAACGCGUCUAGAGUCUCCAGAUGUGCGGAACGGUAUCGGACUCGGAUGAGUGGAGGGAGCCGAGCGGAUCGCCGUCCGAAUCGAAUUCGUCGACCGAGUGGGGCGGCUACACGCAAGAGCAGGUAGCCGUGUCGUUCAAGGCGAAACUGAUGAAUGUGGACGACGAGGAACCGUCGCCGGCGCGAGGAGGACACGAUCAUUCCAUCAAAGAGUUCGUUAGUUUUCCUUUUCUUUUUCUAGAACUGUCUGUAAGCCCAUUCCGAAGACUUGUAAGCUAAUUAGCUCAGAAUUUCAGAUCGAUGUCAACGGUAACAAUGCUGGAGCGAAAAAAGUUCAUGAUGCCCUCGACGAUCGGGAUGUGA